UUCAUCCAAUGGUCCGGUUGAUUCUUUGAUGAAGAGAAUGGCUUCCUCUAUGGAGAAACCAGAGCAACCACGAUUGGAUGACCGGACUAGAGCUCCUCACGCUAUUAGCCAAUUGGUGAUGGAACCAAGCAAGUCCGCCAACGUUACAUCCCCAGCAAUGUUAGCAGGAAGGAUGGAGGAGAAAGUAAUUGAUGAGUCUGUAGGGUGUGUUGAUGUUACUAGAGAUACUGCCAAUGAAUCAUAUCUGUUGCAAUCCCUAGAGAGAGUUAGGCAGUCUAAAGACACAGAGAAGAGUGUCAUUACUGUUACUGUCGAAUCGGGGGCUCGACUAAAAAACCCUCUAUUCACAGUUGGUUCCUAUGAGAAAGAAAAAGGCGAAGAAAUUGGAACAGCAAGGGGAAGAGACAGUGAAGAGGUCGAACAACAGGGACAGAAAAUGGAGGAAGGUCUCUGUUUGACUUCAGGAGAAUCAGACAUGAUGACUGGGGGACUAAGUUGUGUCAAGUUUAUGCUCGUGGCCUUUAAUUUUGUCUUCUGGGUAUCUGGCAUUGCCCUAAUAAUAAUUGGAGGUGUUUCCCGUAACUCUUAUUUAGAGUAUCAGUCUUUCACUGGAGGAGGCUUGACUAGUAUAUCUGUCAUGUUGAUUGUGGUUGGCGUUUUCAUUGCAAUAUUAUCCUUUUUGGGUUGCUGUGGAGCUUGGAAAGAAAACAGCUGCAUGCUAAUAACUUUUCUCACCAUUUUAGUUAUCAUCCUGAUUCUUCAGAUUGCUGCUGGAAUUGCUUUCUAUGUUUUACGUUCCAAGAUUGAGAACAUCAUCAGAAAACAAGCGCUGAAAGGAAUUGACAAGUACAGUCCCAAGACAAGAGAAAUUGUGGAUGAUAUUCAAGAUGAGUUCCACUGCUGUGGAGUUGAUAGCUACACUGACUGGUUCUCUAGCCAUGGCUGGGGCAAAAAUGGCUCUGUACCUGAUUCCUGCUGCAAGGUGGAGAAAGAAACCUGUGGGUCUACAGAUCUGUCAUCUAGUAACAUCAAUCAAAAUGGGUGCUUGCCAGAGAUUGUAAAAUUACUAAAGAAAAACAUGGUUUGGAUCGGAGCAGCAGCGAUUGGACUUGGUGUUGUCCAGGUCAUUGGCAUUAUUUUCAGCUCCCUAAUGAUCCAUGAUGUCUUGAAAAAAGGAUAUACAGAAAUGUGAAAGCACUCAGUGUUGAAUGCGGAGCACAAAGAAGACAGCUCCUUGCAGUUUCUUUCUGUAUUUUACCUUCCAGGUGUACCUGCCAACAGCACUCUGCAAUGAUCUUCUCUCACUAACCCUUUUACAACUUCAUUUUUUCCCAGCAUGUGCCUUUGUGGCUAGGGACAGCUGCUAUAAUUCAUUGUCUUAUUUUCAUAACUAUCGAGUACAAUUCAUUGUAAAUCCUAUUUAAAGUUUUUAGAUGUUUUCAAAAAAUAAAUGAUGAUAAAUAUACUUUUGUACCAUUGAAGCUAUGACGUGACUGCAUAUUAUACCUAUCCAUUCUGUUUCUCUGCAUUGGAUGGUCCUGUUGAUUAAGACAGAUAAGAGACUUUUUGUACUAUACAAACAGGACAUGGCACCACACAGUGCUUUUUCCAGCCUAACAAUGUAAAAUGUUUUUUUUUAAUCCAUCAUUCACUUAUUGAAAUGUGUUUCACCUCAUCUCUGCUGUGACACUACCUUUUAUAAUUAUUAAAGAAUGCAGAUGCUAAACAGUCUAGUUUAACAUUUCAAACCAGUAUUUCAGCUAAGGAAAGAAAACACUAGCUUUGCAUAAAUUGUGGAUAAAGUGCUGGACUCAGAUAACUCAUCAUUUCCUUAACCACCUUUGUGCUGUUUAACUGAUCUCAGGGACUAAUGGCAGCGCUGUCAUUUUCUAAACCAGUCUUAUUUGCCAUUCAAAGCAGAUUACUUUAUUAUAUAGCUUCAUAAAUCACAUGUUAUAUACUGAUCUGGAGUUAACAAAGAACUGUCUAAUACUCUGAGCUAACUUUGUGCCUCAACCACUUUAAAUUUGCUCUUCUAGCUCUUGUAUUUUCUCUAAUAUAUGCAGUUCAUGUAAAUAUAAAAUAAUGGCAGAACC